UGUAAUCGUUUUCACAUAUUAACGCACACAGGUACACAUAAGUGGUUCAUGUUUUGUUUGUUUUGUUUUGGUUUUGACAACCAGCCAACAGCCGCGAUAACAGGUUGGAAAAUAUUGAAAUGAUACACAAGCGAAGUGAAUUGAUUAUAGUGACUACCAGCCAACAGCACAAAAUCAUUCCAUUUAACAUUCGUUGCAUUGAGUUUGUUUUCUGCUAUAUUAAAUCGGGUGUGUGUGUUUUUAACAGGAAAAUAUGGGAAUCCGGGUUUUUUAUUUUUAAGUUGUUCGCUCUUUGAUAGUGCGGGUAUUUAAAAUUUAGUCAAUUGUUUUAUAUAACGGAAAAAAUGUUUAAAAUGCAAAAUGAAAAAUAAACAUGUAUCAACUAUUGCAACAGUCUACCGAAACGUGCUCAUAAAGUUACACAAAAAAAAAAAUUAUUUAAAUUGAGACAUUGCGCUACCAGCCGCGCUUGCGUUCACACCCCGCGAUUAUACAAAAACAAAAAAAAUAUGCAUUGCUCCCACAAAUGCGUCGAAUACUCUUCCAUGUGUUCUGCAAGCGCUUUUUCGUUUUAUGCGGUUUUAUACAUAUUCGAAUUUCGGCGGUGACAUUUAUGUACAUAUAUAUAUACAUAGGUAUGCUCUUCGUUUUUGAAAGUGCGUGCAGUAUGUAAUUUUUGAUGGUUUUUAUGCUUUCAGCUUGGCAUGUAAAAAAUUUGCAUACUCACUGUGUGUUAAAGAGUAAAAAUAAAAAUAAAAAAAUUUGAGAGGAAAGAAAAAAAAAAUCAAUAAAAAUAAGAAAAUUGUGUAUUCAAUUAUUUGAAAUAUUGAAACAGUAAAGAGUGACACACUUAUUUUUUAUUAGUGUUUUGAAUAUUCAUUUUGCUUUUUGGAUUUCAUUGAUUGAAUUUGGAUAUCGUUCGAUUUUGGAAUUAUUUGACGCUGGCGAAAAAUGAAUUUCUUCGUGAUUGGAUUUCUAAUAAUGCAGGCGGCAAGAUUGGCUUGCGGGACAUGCGUUUUUGAAUCUGAAUUCGGUUUCAUACUCAAUUGUAACUUCAAAAAAUCUGGACUAUUUCGUGUAAGGAAUUUGGGCGGCCUUAAAGCACAUUUUGGUUUAGGUUUCAGUUUGGGCGAUGAACUGGGCUUUGCCGAGUCGUUGGGCAAUGUGGAAGGUGAACCGGAACGUCGUCGCGCUAUUAGCUAUAAAAAUGGGCCACCACCAAGUAAUGCUGCUGGUGUAUUGCCUGCCACACAACUUGCGCCAGGACAGCAUCCCAUUCCCGAUAAACGCAUUGGCGCACGCGCCUCACCUACCUAUAGUGCCACAUAUAGAGAGAAUGUAAAGCGGCCGGCUGCGCCCAAGCAACUCAUGACAGAGGCACGUCCAUUACCGUUAGGUGUACCUGCAUUCCGUCCCAUUCCAAAAACUGCAACUGUACCAGUCGCGCAAAUAGCACAGCGACGUACAAAUAUUGCCGUGGAUACAACGAAUCCACGCGUUCGCCUUAACAAUAAAUUAGUCGAAAGUUACUCAGGGCCAGUGAACUCCAAUCGUACCUUCCAUGUUGCCAACCCCACUGUCUCCCAACCCAUUGCCGUGCCUGUUUUUCAGGCAAUGCCCAGCUCUGUUGCACGACUCGCUGCGGCUACUAAAUCUAUAGCAAACGCCGAAGAACGCAUUAUGCAUUCUCAUCCGAAUUAUUUACAAUUCGAGGAACCAAAAUUCGAUUUGAAGGAUGUGACUGUAGAGGAAUUGGCAUCGGCGGCUAAUGUCACUGUCGAUACGAUCAAGCAUGCAAUUUAUGUGCGCGAACAACAGAUGAAGGCUGAGCAUCGCGCAAUGUUGGCGGCUAAGUUGCGACAGGAAUUUGUGCGUACAUCAACCACAGCAAGAACUACGACAACGACGACGCCAGUACCAGUGGCGGCCAUCCGAGCUCCGGUGAUGAUGAAUUGGCCGCAAGCUCAGGAUGCAUUCGAAAACCAAAAUGUCAAAGAAAAUGUUGCCUUCGAGAGUAAGAUGUCUAAGGUGAUGAACGCUCCUCGUGAGUACUAUCCCGUUGGUUAUGACAAGAAUUUCGAUGACAACUUCAAAUCAAAAGUCGAUUUACCACCCACAAGUUUCUCAUGUGGCAAACAGAAACAUUUCCCUGGACUGUAUGCGGAUACAGAUUUGGGUUGCAUGGUCUUCCAUGUGUGCGCACUCACCGAUGAUGGCCUCGUGCGUAAGUCUUUCCUCUGCCCGGAGAACACACUCUUCGAUCAAACAAUCUUGAAAUGUAAUUGGUGGUUCUAUGUGGAUUGUAGUACCAGCAAGAGUGUCUACGACUCUAAUAUACCAAUUUCGAAGAGCUAUCAACUAAUGAAAUCACUCACCUACUUUUCCAAAUACAACCAAAAUAGCGAUAAUGAUGGUGGUGAUGGUGGUUUGGAUAUACAAACACUUAAGGACUCCAUGGCUGAGGAGGAGAAUGGCAAGGCGCAUCGCUUUUCGGAGAAGGCGCGUAGCUUUAUUAUACGUGCCGACGAAACAACGGCUGUACCGGAGCAAGCGACAAACAGUGGUGCGAGUGCCGGUUUGGAGACGGAGAGCAUGCAGCUAAUAAAGGAGGUUACACCUACAGCAAGCAACGUCGAGGAAAUCACUACGGAGGAUAUUAUUACGCCACAGCCUAUAUACGAUCGGCUGGCUGAGUUGAAGGCCAAGUUGGACAGUAUUAAGGCGGCACAUAGUCAGUUAACAACAGAGCAAACGAACGAAGCUUGAGGGGAGAGCGAAGGGACGCGCUACGCAGGGAUUUAAUUUAAGUUUUCGAAAGUGGUGUUUUAAAAUACGUGUAUGUGGAUGUACAGACAAGAAGACGAGGCAUGGAUGGUCGCAAUAUUUCUUGAUGACAUCGAGUUUUUAUACGAAUGUUGAGUGCCGUUAUGUUGUACCAAACUUCCUCAUAUGUUUUUGGCUUAAUAUCACGUACAUACGAUUACAUAUUGGUGUGUAUGUAUGUGUGAAAGUAAGUACAUAUGGUAUGUCUUUCCUAAAUAGUCAUUGUGCGCAUUUAUCAUUUUUUAUCAAGUUUAAAAAAUAAUAUCGGGGUUGCGCAACCUUAGCUCUUAAGUAUUCGUCUUAGUUUAAUUUGUAAUUUUACUUUUGUUACUACGCUAUGAAAUAAAAUAUGUAUGUAUAUGUGUAAGCUUCAACCUAGAUUGUUAUGUGGAAAUGUACAACUACAUAUAAUGUAACUUAUUUAUUAUUGUAUCA